AUGAGACAAAGGAUCACUCCCCAGCUACCCGAUCUCAAGGAUCAACCGGCGGAGUGGUUCAAGUACUGGGAUGAGGACGAAUCGGGAUCGUUGGAGCGACCCGAGAUCGUGCGGGCACUCAUCAAGACCAUACCGGAGUUCACGGGGCGCGACGAGGGUUGGCUGGGGGGAACGUUUGCAGCCAUCUGGUCGAUCAUCGACCCUGAUGAGGACGGGUCGAUCACGGGGGCGGAGUUCAUGAUGCCCGGAGGCCUUUACGAGACCCUCGUCGCCAACUUUUGCCGGCAUCGCAUUGACGGGUGA